UUAAAGUAUAAACUUCUAACAGAUAUCUUGAUUUUUCUAACCUCAUUUUGGCUUCUUUUUUUCAAUAUUUAAUAUACCAGAAGUCUGAAAUGGCUUAAUUCUCUCUUAACUUCUGAGACAAUCUGAUUGAGGCCACAGCAAUUGGAUUCAUGGUGGUACUAAAAUUAUUAUUUGGAGUUGACUUCCUUUUAUAGCUCUGCCGUAUUGUAGAAAAUGCUUACAGAAUUGUAGAUAUAGGAAUAGAUGUGGGUAUGUCUAUACAAUAAGGAUAUCUCAAUAUGAUUUUACAAAGAGUUUUAAUAGUUUAUUAGAAGGACAACAGGGUGGGUUCUUUUUCUUUUCCUUUAAAAAUGACCUUGAUACAUACGUAAGUGUAUUUUACUUCAGAAGAGAAAUCAUAUACUGUACGGAUUAUGAAAUGUCUUUGGAAAGUGACAAAAUUCAUCCAGUGACUAUAACGUUUGAAGGACUAACAUUGGUGUUAAUGUGGCUGUGCUCAUGAACAUAGGAAUCACCAAGUGGAGUAGGUUCUCUUGAAAGUUUGUAUCAUUGGCCCAGAGGGAAUUUAUAGUAUUUUACAUCUACUCCUAAAUAAUCAAAAAUCAGUCAUAAAUGUGUUGACUCUUUUGCAAGUGAUGACUCCAAAUUGAGAUAUAGGAAAGUGAAAGAAGUGGACUGAUAGCCGAGCUGGAGGCGGACUCGAGCACCAGCCACAGGCGUAAUUACUUAAUUAGUGAACUGUGAACUGUUUCUGUGUGUGGCCCAUUAAAUGGAAUUUAAUUAACUUAUAUUUGAAUUAUGAGCCUCAGUAUGUAUUAAAGGGUAUUUUUUACCUAUAUUUUAUUAGAAUUCCCAAAUAAUUAUUGCUUAUUUUCAUUUUUAUUAAAACACCCAAAGAAUGAUUUGUUUACUUACAUUUUUUAUGAGAAUUCCCUGCAGUUUUUUCCCUCAAUUUCCAGCAUCCCUGGACCCAAACUGCAGUGGUGGAGAAUUCAUGAUGGAUGUUUGGAAGGACAAAAGUCACCGUUGGGAAAGAGCGGUAUCAGUGCUAGAACUGCUUCCCACAGAGCAGGACCUACAGAAGAGCACCUCUUUCAUCUUAACUUACGAUGGAAUUUAAAAAGUCACCUGAUGGUGGAUGGGGCUGGGUGAUUGUGCUUGUCUCCUUUUUCACUCAGUUUUUGUGUUAUGGAUCACCGUUGGCUGUUGGAGUCUUGUACAUAGAAUGGCUGGACACCUUUGGUGAAGGGAAAGGAACAACAGCCUGGGUUGGAUCCCUUGCGAGUGGAGUUGGCUUGCUUGCAAGUCCUGUCUGCAGCUUCUGUGUCUCCUCUUUUGGAGCAAGACCUGUGACAAUCUUCAGUGGCUUCAUGGUAGCUGGAGGCCUGAUGUUGAGCAGUUGUGCCCCCAAUAUCUACUUUCUGUUUUUUUCCUAUGGCAUUGUUGUAGGACUCGGAUGUGGUUUAUUAUACACAGCAACAGUGACCAUUACGUGCCAGUAUUUUGACAGCCGCCGAGGCCUUGCCCUUGGCCUGAUUUCAACAGGUUCAAGUGUUGGACUUUUUAUAUAUGCUGCUCUGCAGAGGUUGCUGAUUGAGUUCUAUGGGCUGGAUGGAUGCCUGCUGAUUGUGGGUGCAUUAGCUUUAAAUAUAUUAGCCUGCGGCAGCCUGAUGAGACCCCUCCAGUCCUCUGAUUGCCCUUUGCCUGAAAAAACAGCUCUGGAAAGUGAACCAGAUCAACACUCCAUUUACAGUGAGAAAGAAAAGGACCUGGAAGAAAGCACAAACGUUCUUGGAAAGAGCCAUGGUGCUGAGGAAACAUGCGAGGGCCCCUUAGCCAGUGGUGGCCGGAAACCGGAGAGUUUACUUCAUAAAAACCCAACAACGGUGGUGCGUGCAAAAGAGGCCGAAACGUACAAAAAGAAAGUUGCUGAACAGACAUAUUUUUGCAAACAGCUUGCCAAGAGGAAGUGGCAAUUAUAUAAAAACUACUGUGGAGAAACUGUGGCUCUUUUUAAAAACAAAGUAUUUUCAGCGCUCUUCAUUGCUAUCUUUCUUUUUGACAUCGGAGGAUUUCCACCUUCAUUACUUAUGGAAGAUGUGGCAAGAAGUUCAAAUGUGAAAGAAGAAGAGCUUAUUAUGCCUCUUAUUUCCAUUAUUGGCAUUAUGACAGCAGUGGGUAAACUCCUUUUAGGGAUACUGGCUGACUUCAAGUGGAUUAAUACCUUAUAUCUUUACGUAGCUACCUUAAUAAUCAUGGGCCUGGCCUUGUGUGCAAUUCCAUUUGCUAAAAGUUACGUCACAUUGGCAAUACUUUCUGGGAUUCUAGGGUUUCUGACCGGUAAUUGGUCCAUCUUCCCAUAUGUGACCACGAAGACUGUGGGAAUUGAAAAAUUAGCCCAUGCUUAUGGGAUAUUAAUGUUCUUUGCUGGACUUGGAAAUAGCCUUGGACCACCAAUUGUUGGUUGGUUUUAUGACUGGACCCAGACCUAUGACACCGCGUUUUAUUUCAGUGGCUGCUGCGUCCUGCUGGGAGGCUUCGUCCUGCUGCUGGCCGCCUUGCCUUUCUGGGACACCUGCAACAAGCUGCUGCCCAGGCCGGCUCCAACCACCUUUCUGUACAAAGUGACCUCUAAUGUUUAGAGGAAUGGCGGAAGGCACUGCAGACUUUUCUCACAGCAGAAUUGCACUGUGGCUGACUCUGAAUGAAUUUUUUUUUUAACAAAUCCAGAUAUUCUCUCCGUACUGUACAUGUAGCUUCUAUAUCCUGUAUAUAUUUUUUCCCUUUUUGUCUUUUUCCAAGAAGUGAGACUCUUCUGUUUUACUAUUACUCAUGAGGUGUUGAUGUUGUAAAGAUUUUGGCCCACCUCGGAAGGCUUUCUCUGCGUAAAGAAAUACAAUUUCUCCGUCAGUUCCGUUAGUUCACUGCAAGGCACCCAGAGGGGGCUCUUCUGUUUUAAACCUGGUGCAGGCAGCGUGAUGAGAUAUCUGCGAAGGCCACUAGGGACUAAACCACUCUCUUCUCUAUGUUAGACGGGCUAGUACGUGAAAACAGUUAUAAAAUGGCAUUAAGAAUUGCAGUGGAGUAAGCCGAUCUUUUUUGUCAAGGGUAUUUUAAAUCACAAUCACUAGUUUUCACUAUUUGAUUUUAUUUACCUUGAGGCAGCGUCCCAUAUUUGGACCCACUGCACUUAAAUCUUUUCAAUUCCUAAGGUGUUUGCUGAGAGGCAGGCAGACUCCAAACAGGGACACUGAGCACAGCCUUGCUUCACUCUUGGCUGCCAUAACCACACUCACUUUUCUCUGUCAGCAUCCACUCAGCUGAUGUUUCCCAGGAAGGGCUGAUUUUACCUGUUUCCAAAAUGGAAAUGCGUAAACCAUUCCGUUCUGGCAAAUGGGCAACAUCCAUUUGCUUCGGGCACAGUGGGAAUGAAUUGCAAAUCCUUGCAUAACUUCUCAGUGAAGCAUUUAUUUGCUACUAUCAGAUUUUACCACUAUCAAAUUUUAAUUCAAGGGCAGAACUAAAAUGUGUAUGUGUGUGUGUGUGUGUGUGUGUGUGUGUGUACACUCCAAGUUUGUGUGGGACAUGGGAAGAGAAAAAGGCAAUAAGAAACAGAUACCCUGAUUCAAGUUCAUUCAAUCUUACAAAAACUUUUUGGAAGAAAAUCAAUGUUUGAUAAAUGGACAUUUUUCUAAAGAAAAUUUUUUUAACUUUGCUAUAUGUUGGAAUCCUCUAUAUCUUUUAAAAAAUGUAGUUGCCUGAAUACUACUCUUAGAGAUUUUAAUUUUGUAGGUGUAGGCUGUGGGCCGAGCAUCAAUAUUUUUAGUGAACUGUUCAAGGAAUUCUGAUAACACAGCCGGGUCGAGAAUGGAUGUUGUAAGACUGGCAGUAGAGAAAUAGUCAUUCUCUUAAAUAAAAAAAAAAUAAAAAAAAAAAAAAA